CUGAGCACGCGGCACCAACACUUAGUAAUGUCAGUCUUCUAGCAUCACACGCGAUACGACAUUGAGGCCAGGAGAGACCAAGUCCCGAGUUUCACGAGGCGAAUAGUCAGUUAAGAGCGCGCACUCCGUCUGAAUGGACAUAUUUGUUAUCUAGCGCGUACUUGAAAAUUUCUCUUAUUACUUCUACUCCGGUGGAACACAGUAUCGUUUAUAAUCAGUUUUUCUUUAUUAUUAAAAUAAUAUACAGUAUUAAGUGUUUGGAUAUUUUUUUUUUUUUUUUUCAAAUAUUUCAACUGGAAUUGAAAUUUUGAUUUGAAUUAAUCAGUGAAAUAAGUUUCUGUUAUAUCUGUUAAAAAGUGAUUUCAAUUAUAUAUUAUUAAUUCAUUUUAAAAACUGAUAUAUAUAUUUUUAAUUUAAUUGAUAGAGAUUCAAAGUGGAUCUCGAUAUCAGCGCGAAAUCGCGCUCGGAACAAUUUACAAUUGAUGCUUUAAGACGACGAAUUAUGGUGGCAGAGUUUAUUGCCCGUCAAAGUGGAUCGCCCAUAAACGGUGAAACCGCUUGCCUCAACAGUAACAUGCCGGCAAGUCAUACGAUGGCCCACCCUGGACAUGGAACUCAUACUGGACAUGAUACACAUGGCCCUCUUCCUCCUCUAACCCAUUCAGUACAUCAUGCUGGUCAGAUUCAACAUCAGUCGCAUUCCCAACAUCAACAUCCUCAGCAGCAGCAGGUCUCUCAACAACAACAUCAGCCACAUCAACCGCCACCAACGCAGGGUCAACAACAGCAACAGCAGUCGCAGCAGCAGCAGCAUCAUCAUCAUGAAUCGCAGGUGACACAUCCUGAGAAUUAUCCCUCGAACUUUGACAUCAGAAAAGAAUUGUUCUCGCAACGUAAGCAGCGAGAGUUCAUCCCGGACAAUAAGAAGGAUGACAGCUACUGGGACCGACGCAGACGCAACAACGAAGCAGCCAAAAGAUCCAGAGAGAAGAGAAGAUUCAACGAUAUGGUCUUGGAACAACGAGUCAUGGAGCUUAGCAAGGAAAAUCACAUUUUAAAAGCUCAACUGGAAGCAAUAAGAGAAAAGUUUGGUAUUUGUGGGGAAUCCGUCAUUAGCACUGAACAUGUAUUGGCCGCUUUACCUGCAGAUCCACCAUUAGGCGUGAAACGAGCCAAAUUACCAACAUCAGCAGCCCUAUUGUAUGCCAGAACUCCAAGUCCUGUUCACACGUCAGUAAUUCAUCAGCCAGUCAGCGGUACCAGAUCUCCAAGGUCCCCAGCUCAACUUUAUGUUCCUGAGACAAGUGCCUAUCCAGAAACUGAAAGUUUCCAAUAUCCCUAUUCUCAUCCCGCUAUUCACUUUGACACUAGUAGUGCACUCAAUCUUUCCAGAGGUCGGCGAGCUCAAUCACCAUUUGAAUUGUCAUCUGGAAGUGGAGAUGAAAGUACUUCAAUUUUAGCAUCUCAAAAUCCUGCUGCAAAUAAUUGUUUACCCCAUAAACUUAGGCAUAAAUCUCGAAUUGGGGACAAAGAUGCCGCUAGUGCCCUUCUUGCACUUCAAGGUAUUAAACAAGAACCUGGAUCUAGAGCAUCACCACCCUGGGAUAAUGAAGGUUCAAGUGAUGAAAGAGAUUCAGGAAUAUCAUUAGGAGCUGAAUGGACUGGUCCUAAUAACGCCUCAACGGUUCCAGAAACGGAGACAGAAGUUAAAUCUCGACUUGACAGACUUGCGUCGGAAGUUGCAUCGCUUCAAUCAAUUCUUCGUCUCAGUAAGAACCAUGAUUCACACACACCUGUUGUUACUACUCAUCAAAAUAAUACGACCGGCAUUACUAACAGUACGAGUUCAGCAUCCGGACUACCCUGAAACUGAUUACAUGUCGUUAUUUGUCGUGCCAAGAUAUGUGCUUCUAGACAGUCUAACAUCAUAAUUACCAGAGGACUAAUUCUGUGGUAUUUUUUUUUUUUUAAUUUUUAUAAAAUACUUAUUGUUAAGGCAAUAUUAAGAGCCAAUGUAAUUAAAUAUAUUUAAUACUAUAAUGGCUGUUUGCCUUUGUGAGUGUAAAUCAAUUUUAAGGCAAUUUUUAUGUGUAGGUAAAUUAUAUUAUAAAUAAUGUUUAGGAUUAUUCCUAUACUUUUUUCUUCAUUGUUUUUAUUAUUGAUAUGAUUAAUGUGUUAUUAUUAUUUUACUAUUCUAAUUAUUUUAAAAUAAUGAUAUUGUAAUAACUAUUACUAUUAGGAUAAAAUUUUGUAAUUUAGAUAAUUUUAUUGAUGAACGCGAAUUAUUAACAUAUAAACGCGCAACCGGCUCUAACCACCGCCACAAAAUUUUGAGCGAGUUAUUAUCAACCCUAACGGCUAAUUAAAAGUUAUUCGUGUAUUAUAUAACCAAAUUUUCAAGAAGCAUUUUUUUAGUUGAAAAGAAAAAAUAAUUUUGUUUAUAGUAUAGUAUAUUCAGUUUAUAACAAAAAAAUUACUCAAAGUACAUAAAAAAAUUUUUAAAG